AUGUCGCACCUCACGAAACAACACGAAGACGAAGCGAUCGAAAUCCGCAACGUAUGGAACGAGAAUCUUGACCACGAGAUGUCUCUAAUCUCACUCGCCAUCAACUAUUACCCUUACGUGGCGAUGGACACAGAGUUCCCAGGAACCGUGUGCAAGAUAGUAACCACAAACACAAACACAAACCCUAACCCUAACCCUAACCCUAGACGCCACCGUGACGAUCACUCCACCUGCUACGAAUCUUUAAAAACCAACGUCAACAUGCUCAACAUCAUCCAGCUCGGUCUCACCUUAUCCGACGCCCAAGGAAACCUCCCAAACCUCGGAACCAACAACAAACCAUGCGUCUGGCAAUUCAACUUCAGAGAGUUCAACCUCAGAACCGACAUCUACGCGCCGGACUCCAUCGCCCUUCUCCACCGAUCAGGCAUCGACUUCGCUCUAAACAACCAAUUCGGAGUAGAGUCGAAACGGUUCGCUGAGCUUCUUACCGUAUCGGGACUUGUUCUCAACGAUGAGAUACAGUGGGUGACUUUCCAUUGCGGGUAUGAUUUCGGGUACUUGUUGAAGCUUCUCACGGGUAAGAAUCUGCCGGAGGAGAAAUCAGAGUUUUUGUAUCUGGUGAAGAUGUUUUUUCCGAGAGUGUUUGAUGUUAAGCAUAUGAUUGGUUUUUGUUAUGAUCUGUUUGGCGGGUUGAGUUCCGUGGCGGAGAGGCUUGAGGUGGAGAGAGUUGGGGUUUCGCAUCAGGCCGGGUCGGAUAGUUUGCUGACGUGGCGUGUGUUUAGGAAGAUGAAGGAGACGCGGUUCGCUGGUCGUUGUUUGGAUGAAUAUUGUGGUGUUUUGUAUGGAUUAGGAAAUGUUAAUAAUACUCCUUGCUGA